AGUGUACCUAGAGAUAUAGUAAGUGUAUAUUCAGUAGUACAACUAUAUAAAUCGCGCUAUGUUCGAUUAUUCCUAGUUGAUUUUAUUGGUGAAAAUAUUAACAUUUUGUCCGUAGAUAGUAUAUGUAAAAAUCGCACAAUAUUUCGUGCUAAUCAAUAUUGAAUGCUGCAUGUGUAUGUUGUAAAAUUGCACUGAUUCUGUCCUCAGCGGUCCAGUUUUAGAUCCUGAUCAAAUACUGCUUGCCGGAGCACACAACAGUUUUAGCAACCCGCCGCCAGGUCUGGGUUCUGGACAGGACCCGGCUACCCAAACGUGUGGGCUCACCAGGCCCUUCUGUACCAAGUCCCGCUACCGUUCCAUAGACGGAUCUUGUAAUAACCUACUACGCCCAGCUUGGGGCACGCCGCAGACGCCUUAUGGAAGACUUGUGCCUUACAAUUAUGCUGACGGUAUAAACGCGUGGCCCCGGUCAGUGACAGGCGCACCGUUGCCAAAUCCUCGUGAGAUCAGCUUAAGGUUGUUCCCUGACAGGCAGCUCAUCGAUCCUCUGUGGAACUUGAACGCCCAGCAAUGGGGACAGAUUAUAACACACGACAUGUCCUUGACAGCUGGCGUGGCGCAGUCCCAUAAGGAUCAAAUAACGUGCUGUACGGACAACGGGCAGCUUGCAGCUGACGCGCCUACCAAUCCUUUCUGUGCGCCCAUCAUCGUACCUCCAAACGACCCUGUGCACGCCUCUCAAGGGACUCAGUGCUUUAACUUCGUGCGGACCACUACAACCAGAGAUAGAGGAUGCACCGCGCCCAAUGCACCUGCUGAACCGUUGUCCACGGUGACUGCGUACAUGGAUCUGUCCCUGGUAUAUGGCAGUAGCGCAGGACAAGCUGCACCAAUCCGCGCCGGCGUCGGAGGGCGUAUGCUGACCGUACUGAGAACUGGACGCGAAUGGCCUCCCCAAGACCCGAACAUCACUCUCACUUGCGAGUCUGCGCAGUCUCUCAACGAACCAUGUUAUUUGACAGGUGAUAUAAGAGUCAAUCAGAACCCGCAGUUAACAGUACUCCAGAUCAUUCUACUGCGUGAACACAACAGGAUAGCCGAUGCUCUGCAGCAACUGAACCCUCACUGGAGCGACGAGGUUGUGUUCCAAGAAGCAAGGAGGAUCCACAUCGCUGAAAUUCAACAUAUCAACUAUUAUGAAUACUUGCCGAUAUUCCUUGGGUUUGAAAACAUGGUGAAAAACAAGUUGAUCUACCCGGGCGCUCACGGCUAUGUCAACGAUUAUAAUCCCAGCGUGGAUCCUUCUAUUUUGGACGAGCACGCCACGGCAGCUUUCAGGCAUUUCCACACUUUGAUUCGAGGGUAUUUGAAUCCUGUAGUGCUGGAAGCGUAUUUAGAAAAGGAAAAUGACAAUUUCAUAGCACUCAAAGAAGACAAAAGUGAAGAUGUAUUAACAGAAAAUGAUCAAGUUGGCACAGAGAAAGCUCAAAACAACCACUACAUCUAA